AUGCUCUAUUGUUUGGUGGACCUGGAUUCGCGGAGAGUGCAGUUGAGUUAUUUGCACUACGCGUCGAACAAUAAACUGCGAUUGGUGGUGCAGUUGCAUCCGAAUUACGCGAAUAAUCACCGAAUUUGUGUGGAGAUCGUCGAGGGGGAGAGUAGUCUGAACCGAGAACAGGCCAUCGAGCUACUUGAGGUGAGAGUGGGCCGCGGGGAACGCGGGGAAGUCGGUGCGGGGGCGUGCGUUUGCGUGGGCGGGGGCGGAGCUUGUGAUAGUGCGCGUUAG